AUGUGUAUCAGUGUGAACAAUAGUGCACGAAAAAGUGCUUACAUUUUGUAAUGUCAGAAUGAACUGGAUCUUGUUCACAGAAGUCUACCAAGAAGUGGUUCAAAAGCGGGAUGCUUACAUCCAAGGGGAGGACAUAUUUUCGGUAGCCGAGUCCCAGAAAAGAGGCAGCAGAAGAAAGACAUGUAUAGUCAAAAAUGUGAAGGAGGCUGUACAAAAAACAAACCAAGGAAAGGCAUCUGGUUCACAGAUGGUAACUGCCAUGGGCGAACAGCUCAAGAGAUCCCUACAGGCUGAGAGAACCUCCAAGCCCUCAGAAGAGGUGACAUCUGAAUCACCUCAACACUCUUCAGAUUCUGAUGUCACCUCGAUUGACCUGUUUGAGCCGAUCAAAAAGCAACCAUUUAUUCGCAAAUGUUAUUUUGUGACCAGUGAGGAGGAGGAAGACACUUGCAUCCUUCCACAGAAGGAGCCAGCGUGCCAGCAGCAACCACAGAAGGUCUGGGUGGAAUUGGAUCUGGAAACGUUGGAGGCACUGAAAGAGAUGCCAAGAUUGGUGGCUACCAUGAAGACAGCACUGGACAACAUUUCAGGGUCGUCCUCAUCAGGAUCUUGUUCCAGUAGUGGCCACGGUGACUCCCAGCAAACUGGCCGCAAUACUGGCAGUAAUGACUUGAUGUUCCUAGGCAACUCCUCCGUCCAGGUCUCCACACGCCUCUUCCACAGAUUAGGCAACAGAAGGAUGUCUCUCUUUGCCCAGGAACUAGCAACGCUAAUCUUUGGGAAAGAGACCCUGGCGAAGUCUACCCUUACUGGGAAGGGGAAAACCGCAGAGACCCUUGACCCGGAGAAAGUCAAUGCCAUUAUAGACACCGUGAGAGAGAAAAUUCCGGGCACCGAGGUGAGUGCGAUCCGGGCCCUGCUGCGGAGGAAAUGCAACAACGAGAGAUAUACAAGCAACGUUACUCCUCACUGAUGGUCACCAUUUAGUUUAUAUAGACUUUGC